UGGUCUUAUCUUGUUUGAGCUGAGGUUUGAGGUUUCGGUGAGCUUGACUCCUUGAGUGUGUGGCUGCCGUGGUUCAGAGCGUGUGCUGCAUGUAGACCGAGGGCAAGUAGGUGCCUGCGUGUGUAAGUAACAAACGGACCAUGGAUCGUGCUCUCAUCUCACUGGCGUUGCUGCUGAUGAUGUUGCUGCCCAUUUCGUUUCCGGGGGCCGAGGCUGCGGGCAAAGAAAUAUACUGUAUCUCGAGCCUAAAUGGCUGUACUUGCGCUACCGCUGACGGCAGGAGGUUCGACUUUACUUCUCUGUCUCGCGCGACUAACGAUCCGUACAUUGCGCGGGAUGCCAGCUAUCUUACCAAAUACUUCUACAACCCGUGCAACGCAGUUCCUAUACCCGGCGGGCCAGUAACGUCGGCGGUUGUGCAAAAAGGAACAACAGCACCAAGUGUUCAGUGCGGCAGCAGUCUAUACUCAAAGGGUUAUACAAUGACAGGCGAGACGGGAAUCGUCUAUUUUAAGUUCACCCACGGCGACUAUGACCCCCAGACGGGAGGCAGCAGGCAGGCAAUCGUCAAAUACGUCUGCGACCCGUCCAAGGUCCAACCAGAGUUCAAGUUUGUCAACGAAGAACCAAAGCUGCAAUACAAUCUGGAAAUGAGCACCGCUCUAGCCUGCGUCACAACACCGCCGGCUCCGAGCACCACAGGGCCGAUCCCGACUGGCUCCACGCCCCAUCACGAGCCGAACAGGGUCCACGUGAAGGUAUCAGUCAGCUUGGGUACUAUCCUGGUCAUCUUGUUCUGUGUGACAGUACUGGCGUACUUUAUGGGCGGUGCGCUCUACAACCAUUAUGCCCGUCAAAGAACUGGUUCAGACCUUGUGCCCAACCUGGUCUUCUGGACUGAGCUACCCAGCUUGAUCAAGGAUGGCUUCAACUUUGUGCUUUGCAAGUAUGGCAAGCAGGGGUAUAGCAAUCUGUAGACGUGUCCUAGACAGUGUUCACAUGCCCUGCUCCCUGCUGCCUGCUGCCUGCUGCUGCGCAUCCUCAUCAUCAGCACAGCCGUGAGCCGUGAUAUGAACACUGACCCCCCUCAGACGCUGCUAGUACUAAGCCAAGUAAGUUUUCCACAGCAGAUCAGCUAGUGUUGCUGCUGCUGCUGCUCAAGGCUGUGCCAUUGUCCAUGGUCUAUGGUCUAUGCCGUUCAUGGCCUACAUUGUAUGCCGUUCAUGGCCUACAUUGUUUGCCGUUCAUGGCCUAUGGCGUCCAUGGUCUAUGCCGUCUAUGGUCUGUGGCAACGCAGACCCAAGCCUGUCGUGAAGCGAUUACGAGCUGGACGGACGCCUGUCCCGCCCUAGUCGGUCGAUGUUCAGUGGUUUGGAGGAGGCUACUCAUGGGCAAAUACAUCCAGCUGUUUGUCCAUUAUGUGAACGAGCGUGUGUGUGUGUGUGUGUGUAUGAGAGGGGGGGGGGAGGGAACUAGGCAUGGUCCCACCCUCUUUUCCCCCCAAGCAACAUGGCAUACUUUUCGGUAAUGGCCUCACGCACACCGACGAUACCUCAAGCAGCCAGUUAAAAAUUAUUUAUUUAUUGUUGUUGAAACUCUUUGCUUCCUUUUAUUUUUCAAUUUCAACUCUGUUCGUGACAAAAUUAUUUUAAUUGUACUGAUGCGACAAGUAAUAAUAAUUAUUUAUAGAUAAUGAGAGUAUACCUUUCGCUCCAUAUUCCACUAAGGUUUAGACAUACUGAAGUAAUUUUAUACAGUUUUGUCCGCAGACUGAGCAGACACAAUUUUAUAGAAAUCUUUUAAAAGUG